AUGAACGUUCAAGAUAGAAGAAGACUACUUGGCCCCUCAGCGGCCAAACCAAUAGUGUUUACCACCGUAACGAGUGAAACUACAAAGGUCUCCGAACAAGAACAACAAGAACAAAAGCAAAAUGAAACGGCUGCACUAACGAUAAAAUCAGGAGUUGUAGAGAAUUGUAAUGGGUCCACCUUGAUAGAGUCCUCCAAAUUUUCUCUCCUUACCUCAGUGUAUGGGCCUAAAUCCAUUCGUGGAUCCUUCACAUCGCAAGGAACCAUCACCAUUCAGUUGAAAAAUGGUGUGGUCGAAAAUUAUCAAACUACUGAGUUGAAAGAAGUGAGUUCUUGGUUAGUGGGGAUAUUUAACUCUGUUGUGAAUUUGGAAAAUUACCCAAAGUCUGGGAUUGAUAUCUUUGUUAAUUUAAUAAUCGAUAAGCAAGGUGAUAUUAGUAAAUUGAUCCCAUUUCUCAUAAUGGGGAUAUGUCUGGCUUUAGUGGAUGGUGGGAUAGAAAUUAUCGAUAUUGUGACGGGGGGCGAAGUUAAUGGGAACGUGGUUUCUUUCACCAGAAACGGUGAAGAGAUUGUUGGAUUUUGGAAAGACCAUGGUGAAUUUGAUAAUAAUGAUGAUGAUCUAAUGAAUGAUUUGGAAAAAUGCAAGAAACAAUAUUUGGAGUAUAAGAAUUUGAUGAUUAAUUACUUGUUGGAACAAAAGAAACAAAAGGAUAAUUCUUAA